CGGGUCGCUUGGGCUCCGACAUCUUCCUCGGUCACCAUCAAGUGUCGCUGCAGGCGCCCGACCCCUGUGGCCCACCGCACGCCCCCAGAACUACAUUUCCCAGGAGGCGUCGCGGUCAGGUGCCUCGCGGGGCGGUGCCGACUACAUUUCCCGGACGGCUUUGCGGCGGGCCUGACGCCUACAUCUCCCAGAGGCCUCUAGCGGUGGGCCCGCCAUCCUUCUCUGGAGUCUCGGGCCCUGACGGAACUCCCACUCCCGGAGGCCUUUGCGGCUCCCAGGACGGACUACAUCUCCCAAAGGCCUCUGCGGGAAGCGGCGGGCGAGUGGAGUGUCCUUGCGCGGAGCGAGCGACCAUGGUGGCCCGAGUGUGGUCGCUGAUGAGGUUCCUCAUCAAGGGCAGCGUGGCGGGGGGCGCUGUGUACCUGGUGUAUGACCAGGAGCUGCUGGGACCCAGCGACAAGAGCCAGGCGGCCCUGGGGAAGGCGGAGGAGGUGGUGCCCCCCGCCGUGUACCAGUUCAGCCAGUACCUGUGCCAGCAGACGGGUCUGCAGAUUCCCCAGCUCCCGGCUCCUCCAAAGAUUAACUUUCCGGUCCGCGACACCUGGAAUUCAGGUGUUGUCCGGGUGAUGUCGGCCCUGUCUGUGGCCCCCUCCAAGGCCUGCGAGUACUCCAGGGAGGGCUGGGAGUACGUGAAGCAGCGAGCCAAGUAGCCAGCCAGCGGUCGCCCGCCCGCAGACCUGAGGACUCCAGACUGGGACCCACUCCAAGAGCAGCUCCUGGCCUCCCCGGCCCAAUAAAGGACUUCAGAAGUGUCCCCAA